AUGGCAUCCAAGCCGCGCAUCGAACAAGCCUCCGCGACCCCGGUCAUCAUCGCUCUACUUGAACGUACGGUUGUGCCAGGUGCCAUUCAACUCUCGACAACGUCCCCUCCGUUCCAGUCCCAGAACUACACGCACUACUAUCGUCCCACCCCUCCCAAGGCGCCACGUGCUACUAGUACCUUCAAGAGGUCCCACCCGUCCCACCCGUUCCCUCUCCGCAGUGUCCGCACCUCACCGAAAGCGACGCUCUCCACCAUCGCGUCCCUCCGCGGAAUCACCGCGUACCUAUCCCUGCGCGACUCGUCGGCAGCCAACAGAGCGGUCUGCGACACCGUUUCUCCGCGUACCCUGGCCACGCAACUGCAAAAAGAAGUCGCAACGGUUCGCCAUCAAGGGGCAAACGCGCUGUGGAAUUGGCUGUGUCGGUUGAGGUUGCGUCUGGGCACCGCCGAUUUCGCGUGUGGGAAUGCCGGGCAGAGCGAGUUUUACUACACAGUCGAUGCCGAGCUAGCGGAGGCGCUGUUGGCGGUCUACAACCAGCCGCCGAAUGAUGUUGGUGGCGAGGAUGGGGAGGACUUUACGCUACAGUGGAAGGUUUAG